ACUCGUUGUUUCUAUUAGCCUUAUACCCAUCUCUCUGACGAAAGCAUGAAUCAGCGCCCGCCGCAACAGCUCUCAGCGCAGGACCUCGCUCAUUUCGAGUCGCUGGGUGUCUCCGACUCCACUACUGCCAGUCAGCAGCCAGCUCAGCAACCUCCUCUGCCUCAACAGGCAUCCCGAAACCCAUUUCUCGCUCCUCAGCCACACCACAAUGCGCAAGAUGACCUCGCGCAACUGUCCAUGGCUCCUAGUGCAAAUGCUCAGCCGCAGCAGCAACCACCGCUUGCCGGGCCGGUGACUGCCCCUGCUCCAUUCACUGAUCCUCCGCUGGCUUCGGGGCUGGAUGCGGCAGCUGCGGCGCCACCAGCGGUCGCUCAACCCGCGCCUGCCCCCCCAUCCGGGGCUCAACCCACGCCGGCUAUGUCUCAUGCUGCGAGAUCCUCGCCGGAGCCAAAGGCGUGGCCGACGAAGGAUGUGAUGUUCCGCGGCCAGGAAAGGAAGAUCAUCAUGCAGAAUGAGAACGGUCCCUGCUCCCUGAUCGCCAUCGCAAACCUCCUUCUCCUUCGCGGAAAUAUUAUGCUCACCCCACCGGACCGCCCGCUGGUCAGCUACGACUAUCUCUCGUCGCUCAUUGCCGAGUACCUCCUCACGCAGCCCUCGACGACGGGCGGUUCGAAUGGGGCUACUGGUGGUGGCGAUGCUCUGGAGCGAGCUCUCAGCCUACUUCCACAGACUCGCCAUGGCCUCAAUUUGAAUCCUAGUUUCCUCAGUAACGACGCCUUCCACUCUUCUGACGGCGGGUCGCAGAGUCUGGAGCUCUUCGAGUUGCUGGGCAUCAAGCUCUACCACGGCUUCCUGCCCGACAUGUCAGCGCCCAACAGCUACGAGCUGCUCACGCGCGCUGGAUCCUACGAUGCUGCGGUGGAUGCCGUAGUGCAGGGAGACACUUUGGCUUCGCGCUUCUUUCGCGAGGGGCUUGGGGAGCAAGGCAGUCUGCGAGAUCUUGCUAAGCGGGGAGGCGCCGCUGUCGUCGAGUCGACAGGCUGGGGGACCAGUGCGGAGAGAAAGGCACUCGCGGAUGCUUUGGAGAUUUCGCAAUUCCUCGACGCCAACGCCUCGCAGCUCACCUAUCCGGGUCUGUUUGCGCUCUCAUCGCUGCCGGAGGGGACUCUUGCGACACUAUUCCGCUUCAACCAUCUCAGCGUGCUUUAUCGACCCAGCACCGCCGAUAUACCCACGGACACGCGUGCGCCUCCCUCGCUGCUCACGCUAAUCACCGACGAGUCGCUCAUCGAUGAGGAGCUUGCCGUCUGGGAGACAUUGGCGGACGUGGACGGGUCAGGAAGUGGAGAGAUCUUCGAUGGGCGACUACGCCCACGACGCAUUGAGCAACGGGCGGCACAGGCUCCAGCAUUCAAUCAAGCUGGUGAGGGGAACGAGGAUGCCGACUUCGCUCUUGCGUUGCAGCUACAUUCUGAGGAGCGUGAUCGCGCCGAGCGAAGGCAGCAGCGCGACUAUCAGCGACGACGAGGGCAUGCACCUGGCUCUUCUCGCGACCCAACGAGCGAAGCUCGCGUCCAGCAGCAACAGCAGCAGCAGCAGCAAAAGCGGCACACCGGCUCGGGCAACCUCUUUUCUGCGUUAAAGGGAAAGAAGCAGCAGGCUCCCAGCGCGGCGUACACGAGCGCUCAGCAAGGGGCUGCGGAUGACUUGGCGCCUACGAGCGAGGGGAGCGGGCGAUACGAUGGUGGGAAGACGAAGAAGGGGUGCGUUGUGAUGUGAAGGAGGCCUAGCUGGAGAUCCGAGGCAUGUAUAUAGGCGGGAAGGGAACGUAGCAGAUUGAUACUAUAGGCGCUCAUUGACGGUUGUCUGGCGCUUGGAGGCUUAUAUCUAUCCCGAUGUCAUCUUCGACUGGCUUCCAGUCUAGCAAAGAGCUGCAGCCAGUUCGAUGUACUGUCACGCAGGCUCUCGUCGAGAAUCUUGUUCGCGAUACCUAGUAGGCAAGCGUGUUCGGCCACGUGGCGUGUUGGACUCGGGAAUGCGGCGGAGCAGGGCACUCCCAGACUUCGCCCUCCGCUUCCUCCACUCGCUCCUGAGCAAUCGACUUUCAUU